GGCAGUGGUCCAGUUUGACUGGUGGUAGGGGGAUUUAAAUUGGAGCGAAAUUUAGCAGUGCCAUGAGUUUGGAGCACAAGGUAAUUACAGUAAAAAAAAUCCUUUGAAGAACAGCAUGGAGCAGUCUUUUAGCACUAAUAAUGACUUCAAUAUCAGUGAUAUCAUCGAAGUAAUCGAGACCAAUGACCCGGGAUUUGUGGAAGGUGCUGCAAGCCAGCAACAGUCCCUGAAUAUGCUAUCAGGUGGUAGAGUUGAUGCUGUAAGGCCUCUGCCUGUUCCCAACUCCGGAAAUACCCCGUAUGCCGAAAUUGUUGAACAACCGGCUGGUAAAGCCCUACGGUUCAGAUAUGAGUGUGAAGGUCGAUCUGCUGGCAGCAUACCAGGGGUCAAUAGCAUGCCCGAAAACAAGACAUUUCCUACGAUACGAAUUGCUGGAUACAAGGGACGAGCUGUGGUGGUGGUAUCGUGUGUAACGAUGGAUCCCCCGUACAGACCUCAUCCUCACAAUCUUGUUGGGAAGGAGGGCUGUAAAAAGGGUGUCUGCACAAUCGAAGUACCAGUAGAAACCAUGACAGUGAGCUUCGCAAAUUUAGGAAUACAGUGCGUUAAAAAGAGAGACAUCGAGGAGGCAUUGAACGUGAGGGAAAAAAUCCAAGUGGAUCCAUUCCGCACUGGAUACGAUCACAAGAGGCAGCCCACCAGUAUCGAUCUCAAUGCAGUCAGGUUGUGCUUUCAAGUGUUCCUCGAGGGACCGACACCGGGAAAAUUCAAAAUGCCUCUGAAGCCAAUCGUAUCCGAUCCCAUUUACGAUAAAAAGGCUAAAUCAGACUUGAUUAUAUCGAAAUUGAGUCACUGCAGUGCAUCAGUCGCUGGUGGAACGGAAGUCAUACUUCUGUGUGAGAAAAUAGCGAAAGAAGAUAUUCAAGUGCGAUUCUUCGAGGAAAAGGAUGACAAAGUCGUGUGGGAGGGAUUGGCUGACUUUCAGCCUGCGAAUGUUCAUAAACAGUUUGCCAUAGCCUUCAGGACUCCCACAUAUCGGAUUCAACAGGUAGAUCAACCCGUUCAAGUGUACAUCCAACUGAGAAGACCCUCAGAUGGAUCAGCGAGUGAACCUCUACCUUUCCAGAUGCUCCCCUUAGGUGCAGGUAGGCCAAACUUCUGGUCCCUCCGUAGAGCAUUAACGCGGAAAAAAGCAGAUCCCACGACAUUCAGCAGAAUCCUCGCCACCGAGGCAUCAUUAUUCUCAUCUCAAAAAAUAUCCCGUAGUAUCGAUGAAUUCAACAAUAACGAGCUCGAUCUCACUUGCUCAAACGGAAAAUUAUCAGCCCUCCGUGCCCUAAACGAUCUUUACAAUGUUAAGAAUAAUUUAGGUGUUCAAAAUGGUGGAUCGAUGAGAUUGAGUCAAUCUCAGGAGAAUUUUUUACCCAAAUACCCACGCGUUGACGAUGAGAACAACGAAAUAACAAUAAUUUCCGAAUCAAAAUCUCAAAAUUCCCUCAAUAAACCAGGAAGUAUAAAGGGUGGAAUUAUUCCACAAAAAAUUAAUUACGAGUCAGAGAAAAUGAGCACUAAUGAUAUUUCUGAUCCGCCGAGAGACAAAAAUUGGUUGAAUUACUCUGAAGUUGGUAAAUGGGUGGAGAAAAGUCAGGGUUUUGAAAAUUCUCAGAAGCUGGACGAUUCGGACUCGAAAAAUGACGAGAACGAUCCAAAGCUCACUGAAUUAUUGACUCAAGUGGCAGAGCUCGAUCAAAUUUACGCAGACACUCACGAAAAAAUGGUGCAAGCAGCACUGAAUCGAGAUCCAAAGGAUCAGCAGAUGGAGGUGGACGUGUGUGAUAAUCAAACGUACACUAGUCUCCAGAUGGCAAUGAAAAAUCCAGUGGACAUUUACGAUCUGAAAGAAGACAGAAAGUACGAGGAUGUGGCGGUACCCUCCAGAGAGGCGAGUAUUCCCCCAGCCCGUCCACCUCCUCUGGCCGCUAAAAGGGACGUCACAAAGGCCUACGAAGAGAAAUUACCUCCAUUGCCCCCAAAAAGAAUUCGAAAAAUGCCAUCGAUGCCUGUAUUGCCACGAACAGCCUCCUGUGGAGCUGUCAGUGAAACCGGCUCUGAAGCUCCUCACAAAAAAUUACCUCUGCUCCCUGGGCCUCUCAGGCCAAAACAGGGAAUAUUCUCAAAAUUAUUUGCAAAGAGAAAUAAAAAAGAUAAGGAUAAUCAGUCGUUUAGACACAGCAUUGGGGCUUUCAAAGAGAGUCUGCAAGAGUUUCAGAGUCAAAAUCAAUUGGCAAGAUCGAGUGUCACUAGUGUCACGGGAGUUAAGUCCUUUGAUAUCGAUGGGGAUGAAUCCCCACCGUACGGAAUUGAACUCACAGAGGCGGAGCAUUACGCUCUUUACACCGCUAUGGCACCUCAUGCCACUGCUUCCGAAUUCGAUGAAAUGUCUUUCUACUACAGUCCUGUUGAGGGUGGAAAAAUCCUCACCGAGGCUAAGGAAACAUAAUAAUGUUUUCGAUUUUUAUGCUCAGAAAUUUUUUAUGUAUUUUUGGCUGCUUUGAGAGUGCUCAAAUGAAUUUUUUUCUCAUUGGAAUGGGAUGCAACUUAUUUGUUGCAUUGUUGAGGACUUUCCUAUGAUUUUAAAUCUCUUCUAGUCAAAUUACCGAAUUGUUAAGUUUUUAUUAUUUGAAAAUAUUGAGUAAGAGAGAUGAGGAAAUCCGAGCACUUCAUCGAUUUGGAUUUCUCUGAGAACUCAAAAGAUAAUUGACUCGUGAUGCACAAUUGCUUUUUAUAAUUUUUUUUAUAAUAAUUAAAUUAUUAUUGUGCCACCGUGAUUUCCUCAUUUCUCUUUGGAUUGUGUUAUAAGUUUUUUUUUUGACAGAGUAUAAUUAAGAUAAUGUUAAGAAUGAAAUUUGAUACACUGGUGUUGACGUCCAAAAACACGAGGCCUUGUUGGAUUUUCCUUUGAAUUUAGAAUUCAAAAGAUCUAUUGUAUUUUUAAUGGUGAAAUUGUUUUAAUGUACUGGAAUGA